AUGCGAGAAUUUGUGCUUUUUGGUGAUUCGCUCACCGAAUGGAGCUUCAGCGAAGAAACGCAAGGCUUCGGGCUUUUUCUUAGGCAACAGUAUCAAGACAAAGUACGGAUCGUCAACGAAGGCAAAGCAGGUUAUACAUCGACCCAUCUCAAGGAUGACUUCACUCGUAUAAUCCACCGCGCAACGUCCCCAGGCGCGGCACCAACCCUCCUGUUCACAAUCUUCAUCGGCGCAAACGACGCCGCCAUGGUUGGGGAGACGGAGUAUGUGCCUUGGCCCAUCUUUUCAGCAAACAUUCGAGGCUUCCUCGACACCAUCCUUAGUGAGGAUGCUAUGGAAAAUACGAAGAUUUUGCUGAUCACCCCUCCUCCCAUUAACGGAUCUGUGGUCGAGACUGGAGAGAACAAGUCUGCAAGGGAAAUUGAGGACAUCAACCAAUGGAGAAAGGAAGGCCCAAGGUACAAGACGUACAUGAGCAAAAGGAGGUAUGCAGAUGGUAUCAUGCAAAUUGCGAAAGAGUACGAAAAGACGGGGAGGGUCGUUGGGCUCAAUUUCUGGCAAGACCUUGUGCAUGCAGUCGUCACAGAAGAGGGAUGGCAGUACGAUGAGCAGGUACCACCAGGAUGCGGUCUGUUAGGCGCCCAGUCGUUCCCAACAGGGUGGUUUACAGAUGGGCUGCAUCUUGAUAUCAAGGGAUACAGAGUACUGAAUAACGCAUUGUUGGAGUUAGUGACUGCAAAGUGGCCAGAGCUAGCACCCGAGGCGCUGUAA